ACAUUUAUUUAGUUAUACACGCACAAAUGAACUAAGAGGGAAGAAACGUAUGAUAGGCAAUAGAUAUUACAUGAAUUAUUGCUUCGGGAAAAAGAAUCUCUGCCCUUCGAGACUAUUGUUAGAAAUGUACGCUCACAUCUGUUAUUUUAAAAAUUCAUUUAGAAGGGAUAUUUAGAAUACUUGAUGUACCAGAAAACGGCAUUGGUUAGAAGCCAAUCGAAAUUGAUGCGUUAUAUGAGACAUCAAUAUGUCCCUGGAAGAAGAGAAGUAUUUCGUAAACGAGUACUAUAUUUAUAAUAUUCUAUUCUUUAAAUUAAUUGGCAUUUCGCCUUAUAAAACAUCUUCGUGUCAAAUGAUUCACAUUUGUUGUUUCAAUCUUAUCAUAGCAAUAGCAUCAUUUUCACAGGUUUGUAUGCUCAUCUUGUCAGAACUGAAGAUAGAUUCUAUCACGAAAUUAUUGGAAACGGCUUUGCCUUCUAUUUUGUUUUCAUUAACAUAUUACAACUUUUUAUCGAAAGUUAAAAUCAUAAAGGCAAUUCUUUUUCGUAUUAAAUCCGAUUGGAAUAAUAUGACGAACAAGUCUGAAUUGAUGAUAUUAAAAACAUAUGCUAAUCCAAGCAGAAUGUGUACAAUAUUAAUCGCAAGUAAAAAAAAAGAAAGGAGAAAAAGAAUAUACAUUAUUGAAGUUACUUUAUAUGUUUAUAAUAAUUAAAUUAAAUUAACGUUCUAUUAUUCCAGUUGCUUUUUAUGUGUAUAUUACGAUUCAAAUGCUACCAUCCGUGAUACAUAUUAUUUUAUAUAUCUUUGGUGUACUGGAUGAAACCGAAUUAAUAUUACCAAUUUCUAUUGAUUACUUUUUGAAAGAUCAAGCGAAUUUCUAUUUCGCACUAUUCAACGAAUACACAUGCUUAGUCGUCUUAAGCACGAUUGGAAUAGCACAUUGUUCUAUAUUCGUCUCAUUUGUACAGCAUACCUGCGCUCUUUUCAAUAUCGUCGCAUGGAAGAUAGAGAAAGGAUGUAAAAGCAAUUCGCAUAAUCUCUACCAUACAUACAAUUUUAUCAAUUAUGAUGAAGAAUAUGAGUGGAUCAUCGAUAUCAUAAAAUCCUACGACAACGUUAUCGAGUUUGUAACGAAUUUCACAAAACUGUAUUCUAUUUAAUUUAUUCGUACAUGUGCCAAUUUUGAAUAAUAAUAAUAUUGCAUGUCUUUCUUCUUUUUCCUUAAAAUUACUCUAUUUUUGUUUUUAUUUCUUUUCGCUCUUUAAGUUUCGUCGAUUUAGUAAAACUUUAUCAUGGGAAAAUUUGUCUGUUCGAGGCGAUAUUCGC